AUGCAGAAUAUCACGGUCAAGGGUACAACCAUUUGUAACAAGAAACGAUUACCUAACAUUCUAGUGGAACUAUUGAGAAAUGCCAGUUUCAUUUCUCAAAGCAUUCUCAUCAAAGAAAAUUUCACAUCAACCACCAAGAUCCAAGAUCUGCUCUGUUUUACAGUCGAUCCGGAUGACCUUCUUGACUCAAAAAUGACAGAUACGCGAGGAGAAUUUACUGUAAAAGGAGGCCAAAAUGAAAUCGGCUCCAUCGAGCCCUAUCUUAGAAUUACGCAUACUUGCAAUGCAAAACCGGGUUGCAAGCGAAUCACCGAGUUUGACAUCCCGAAGUCAAAAAUCAACACCGUUUACGACAUGACAUACGUGACACUGGACAUCAUCUCCGCCAAAGAUAAGGAGAAAUGCUAA